AUGCACGUGUCUGUUGGCUACGCGAGGUACCUCGGCACGCGCAAUGUUGCAAUGUCCGCCGCUAUGCCCGUCGCUUUUGCGCCCACGAAAACGCGUGUCCGUUCUGUGCACAAGCGUGCGAAGUCAGCACGGGGCGAGGGCCAACAAGGACCCCCUGGACCAUCCGGCGACCCUGGCCCCCCUGGCAUCCCGGGAUCACGAGGUGUGUCUGGUCUAAAGGGAGACCCUGGACCCAAGGGAGAAAAGGGCCACCCUGGACUGAUUGGUCUCACCGGCCCGAUCGGUCCUCCGGGAGAGAAGGGAGAGAGAGGCCUGCCUGGCUUGGAUGGACCAAUUGGACCUAAGGGAGACUCCGGAAACGAUGGCCCUCGUGGAGGGCCAGGAGAGCAGGGAACAACAGGCCUUCCUGGACCUGGUGGAGCAAAGGGCGAGAAGGGAUCGCUGGGACCAGCAGGACCCAAGGGAGAAGUUGGAGCACCAGGACCACCUGGACCUCCUGGUCCACCAGGAGGAGAGAGAACACCACUACCUCUGAACAUCCAGAAGAAGACCAAGAGAGACGUGUCGGAUGAUGACGACCUGGAAGGCUACCAGGGAGGAGAGGGAGACGGCAUCAGCUUCCUGGACUACGAGGCAGGGAUGGAGGAGAUCUUCGGCUCACUCAACUCCCUCAAGAUCGAGAUCGAGCAGAUGAAGGCACCACUGGGCACACGGGACAAUCCAGCCAGAACAUGCAAAGACUUGUACAUGUGUCACAAGACCUUCCCAGAUGGUAUGUACUGGAUUGAUCCUAACCAGGGCUGCUCUAAGGACGCCAUCCAGGUGUUCUGUAACCUCACAGCUGGAGGAGAGACCUGUGUGGAGCCAGACGAGAUGCGCAAAUCGCAUCGAAUGGCAACGUGGAAAGACGAAAAUCCAAAGGAUUGGUUCAGCGACUACAUAAGAGGGUUCCCCAUCUCCUACACAAGGGUGGGUGUUGUACAGUUGACCUUCUUGAGGCUUCUGCACGCCAAGGCAACACAGAACUUCACCUACUAUUGUUCCAACUCCAUCGCGUGGUACGACUCGAAGACUGGCCGCCACAGCAAGGCCAUCAUGCUGCAAGGCAACAAUGAUAUCGAAUACGCGUGGGACAGCAAAACCAAGCCCAAUGUAAUUUCUGAUGGCUGCAAAGACCGGGAAUACGGCAAGACAGUUUUCGAAAUCACAACAGCGAAAAUGUUUGAGCUGCCAAUUACAGACUUAAAGGUUGUGGACAUCGGAAAGGCAGACCAGAGGUUCGGCUUCGAAGUGGGACCCAUAUGUUUCAGCUAAGGGGGAGGAGGACCACCUAACCCAGGAACAUGCAAAUUUUCAGAAAUAUUGAUGAUCUAAUAAAAGGCUAAACAAAAGAAAUUUUUAUUACUGGAACCUUUUGGAUACAAGCCUUUUUUUGAUAUGUUAUGAUAACAUGCCCUAGUGAGAAAGAAACAGGGUGACGUAAGGAGAACAUUAAAGCCCAGGAUGGCCACUAACUAGUUUUGCCUUAACAACUAUCCAGGACAUUUUCAGGGACUUCCAGAAUUCUUGGCUGCCCUGAGGACAAAAAAACAUUCUCAUGAGCCAUACUGUUUCACCAGUUUUGGUGUCAAAUAUUGCAAUUACAUAAGUAUGACCCUAAGCACAGCAAUGGGUUUCAUUGCUACAGUUGCCAUCACUUGGUAUAUAUGAACAGCUCCUGAUAUAAAGAAUGAAACCUUCUGCUAUGUUCAGGGCCAGAAACCCUUGGUGCUAUGUCAAACAUUCUACCUGUAGCCUUUGACAGGCCUUGCUCAAGGCUAUGAAGUGUAAACCCAAGCAAAACCCUCGACAGGCCUGGUCUUAGGCUGUUUUCCUCAAAGUUGUCACUUGCCAAAAAAGCAGAGAAGUACUUCAGUGCUUGGCUUCAAGAUAAAUUGCCAAAGGUGCUAUGAAACUGCAGGUACUUUGCCAUUAUGGAGAAAAUUUGCAUGUUACUGGCUUGAGUAUGCAAAUAUUAUUUUUGGCAUUUUGAGUAAGCAUUUUAUUACCAGGUAACAUUUUAUCUUUCAAACAGGUGCUAUCUCUUCAAGUUAUUAUUUUGUAAGCAUUUUUACCCAAGUUGAGAACAUUUUGAAAAUUUUAAAUUUUGUACUUUCCUACUGUAAGUAAGGACAUAAUGCCCAUAGAUUUAGGUGCUAGAGAGGCUUUUUGUUUAAAUAAUAGAUGUGUAAAACUGGCUAACUGGAACAACAUAUUAAAAAUGUGGCACUGAAAAGUUUUUGUAAGCAAUGUUUGGCUACUUCAAGUCUAUAUAUAAAUAUAUAUAUACUAGUUGCUAAGUUUUUGUAUUCUAGUAGCUGGCUAAGGUGAAUUUGUAACAUGAUCUAUAUGGCUAGUUGGUAUUAGUUCAGUUCAUAUCCACAUCUUACCCCACCCUUCCCUUUGUUGCAAAGAGUUAUGUUUGACCCUCUGGACACGUGUGCCCAUUCACUUUGACCCAAUGGCGACAUCUGCUACGCUAGAUGUUUUCCAUUCUGGGGAACACUAUCCAGUUUAACUUGGCAGUAUUAGCCUUGUGCAUGUGAUGGUGCAUGCAGGUGAAUGGGAACAUUUGUGAACAGGUGCCUCAGAUUCAUUUCUUCCUGACUGGCUGUCCUUGGCUCUAAAACGACCUUGGCAACCAACAUGACAGCCGUCAUGGAAAAAGUGAAUCUGUCCUGCUUCCAGCUGAGGUCAAAGGUCACAGCCAAUCCAAGUGAACUGUGGGAGAAACAAGAUGUGUGCACUAUCAUCUUUUCACUUCCAUCUGGUCUUCAGUUUGAGGGUGUUACAUGGAGGGUGGUGUGCUUGUCUACUACAGGGUGCUACUUAGACAAUAGACUGACCCACAAAUAAACAGACAGCUGCAUUGUAUCUAGAUAUAGCUGUAUUUUACUAAAUCUCUACAAGUUUCUUUUUUAUAGGAACACAUUGCCAAUAAAUGGAAGUAAUAAUCAUAUGUAGAAGGCAAGGAAUAUGUGGAACUGCCAGAAAUAAUGGAUGAAAUCAUAGUAACGGACUUCUAACAGAAUGAUUCCAACAACUAAUAUGACAAAGGAGUGAAAGUUCCACCAUAUUAACUACAGGGACAAUCACUGUUGAUAAAUUCCAAGUCUCUGUUGUAAAAACUUUGCUUGGCUUUGUAAAUAAGCAGACGCAAGAGCCGGCUGUGAUGGCCAACAUUCUCUCAUUUUCAGGGAGAACAUAAAAAAAUCCACUGGCCAGUGGAGAGGGCAGUAUAAACACCAGUAACAUGAAAUGUCUGCGUCGCUGCUCUUUUCAAACUCCUAGGAAGCACAACCGAACACCGUUGGUCUGAAAGUUGAUUGGUUGCUGUCCAUCACAGCCCUCUUGCCUGUUUAUCGCAUCCAUCCUCAGAUCUCUCACACGGCGUACAGUUUGGUUCGGGAUUGGACUCUGCAUUUACCCCUUUGCACGCCCCCUUCCCCAUCCCAACUUAGACUUCUGAAUCUUCACGUCCGGACAACUUAUGUACAAUACAUAGGCAGCGUCAGAGUUCCUUCCCCACCCCUCUGAUCCCUAACCAAUACCUGUACACGGUGUAAGAACAGUACCAAUACUGUCACUACCUACAAUGUGCUGAUGUACUUCAGUAUAUCACAACCUCUUCAGUGUCAGCCAUAAGAGACAAAGAAAUUGUCUAUUUUUAUAAAGUUUGGAUACUUGUCAUGUAUACUCUUAAGAAAAUUAUCCUUCGGGAAGUUACUUCUGUGUAUCUUGAAAUGUAGGCUAACAAUAUUGUCCACCCAAUAAAAGGUGCAUCGCCAUGCA